AUGGGAGACCUAUGCCUUGAUCUUGAAUCAACAGUGUUAUCCACAACCACAGACUCACCCAAUGACUCUGCUUCUUCAUCCUUCUCCUUCUACCAAUCAUCAUCACCUCCUAUUUCUCUCAGAGACAUCACCCCUUCUUUCAAAAUAUCCAUCAACAAACUCUCUUACAGCCUUCAACACAAAAGCGUUAAACCUCUCAACAAGAUCAAGUCCAAGCCUGUUCAAGUCAUCAACUCAGUCUCCUUCACUGCAACCAGCUCAGAAGUCCUUGCUGUAGUUGGCCCAAGUGGCGCCGGGAAGUCGACAUUGCUUCGCAUACUCUCUGGAAGGAUCAUGAGGUCUGAGUUCGAUACCGAGGCUAUUUCUGUCAGUGGCAAACUAGUAAAAAGCCCAGAGCAACUUCGAAAGAUAUCGGGGUUUGUCACACAGGAAGACAAUUUACUCCCUCUACUUACUGUCAAGGAAACAUUAAUGUUCAGUGCCAUGUUUAGGCUAAAAGAUAUGAGCCUAAAAGAGAAGGAAGAGAAGGUUGUAGGAAUCAUGCAAGAGCUUGGCCUUCAUCACAUUGCCAAUAGCUACAUUGGAGAUGAAGACACUAGGGGUAUAUCAGGAGGAGAACGAAAGCGGGUAUCGAUCGGUGUAGAUGUUAUUCAUAAUCCACCAAUAUUACUUCUGGAUGAGCCGACAUCUGGCCUUGACAGCACUUCUGCCAUGAAUGUCAUUGAACUUCUUGCGUCCAUGGCAAAGACUAGGAGGCAAGCUUUGAUACUAACUAUUCAUCAACCCAGCUAUAGAAUGCUAAGGUAUAUCUCCAAUUUUUUAAUUCUCUCUAAUGGUACUGUUGCUCACUGUGGCACUCUUGCAUCACUGGAGCAAACCAUAUCACAACUAGGACACAAAAUACCUAGGCAACUGAAUCCUUUAGAGUAUUCAAUGGAGAUCAUCAAGCAAUUAGAAGAUUAUUCAGUGAAACACAAAGCUUCCAUUGAUAAAUCUGAACAUUGGAGUGCUAGUGAUUGUGCAAUCCAAGUGCUCAGGGGAAAUGGACAGAUGAAAAUGAAGACUGAAUAUUGCCCGAGAAGAGAUGAGAUAACAGCAUUAUCUUGGAGAUUUUGGAAGAUCAUAUAUAGAACAAAGCAGUUGUUUGUUGCAAGAACAAUGCAAGCCAUUGUAGGUGGAUUUGGCCUUGGGAGUGUCUAUCUCAACAUGAAGAUGGACAGAAAUGGUGUAUCAGAAAGGCUUGGCCUCUUUGCCUUUAGCUUAAGUUUCCUUCUCUCUUCGACAGUUGAAGCUUUACCGAUAUUCUUGCAAGAAAGAAAAGUUCUAAUGCGGGAAUCUUCGAGGAAAAUGUAUCGGCUUUCUUCAUAUAUGUUGGCGAACACCAUAGUCUUUGUGCCUUUCUUGCUAGCAGUGGCAAUUCUAUUUGCAGUGCCAGUAUAUUGGCUAGUUGGACUCAAUCCAUCUGCAAGUGCUUUCAUGUUCUUCAUUUUGAUGGUUUGGAUGAUUGUGUUGAUGGCUAGCUCACUGGUUCUCUUCCUAAGUUCAAUAUCACCUGAUUUCAUACUUGGAAACUCUCUCAUUUGUGUCUUCCUGGGAAUAUUCUUCUUGUUUUCAGGUUAUUUCAUACCAAAGGACAGCAUCCCAAAGUAUUGGAUUUUCAUGUACUACGUUUCUCUUUAUAGAUAUCCAUUGGAUUCUCUUAUCAUCAAUGAGUAUUGGAACAUUAGAGACAAGUGUUUUGCUUGGGAAGAUGAUAAUAGUUCCAAGUGUUCACUCAAUGGUGGAGAUGUUCUAAUGGCUAGAGGACUUUACAGUGACACGAGGUGGAUGAAUUUGGGAAUUAUGUUCGGCUUCUUCUUGAUUUAUAGACUUCUUUGUUGGUUGGUUCUUGUUUGGAAGGCUUCCAAGACAAUGCUCUAGAGAGUCUCUUAGUUCUAACUGCAAAGUUUGUUUUAUGUUUGGUCCAUUAGCAAGGUUAUAUUUAAAUUCUAUACGUAAAGAAGUAGUCUUGUAUAGUUUAUAUAUCUUUCAUCUUGUGAAGAAAUAUUUUAAAUUUGUUAUCCUUAACGGAUGAUUGCCAUCGCCUUCUGUAUUUUCUUUUUCCU